CCCGCGCCGUUCCUUCCUCCAGUCUCUCUCUCUCUCUCUAUCUGUCUCUGUGUCUGGGACUGGGAGCCCUGAAACAAUGGAUUUUGCGUACCCAGUUGGAAUGUCCGCCUUCGUUCUCUGCUUUAUCUUGCUGGCACUUCCAUGUUCAUUUUCCAUAGAACCUGCCAAUGAACGUGUUCUAGUUGUUGCUCAAUCUGCUUCAUUGCAAUUAUCUCUUGGCUUGCCCGUGAAAAACUCUCCUGGUUCCAAGCCUGGCACUUCCAUGGUUUGUGAAAGAGUUCAUAUACAUGGACUGUCAAGGCUUAAAAAUCUGAAGAAGAUUGCUCACUCAGUGAAGGUGAAGUUGUCAGGGACAAAUACUAGUGUCUUCCUGCCAAAUGCUGAGGUUUGUUUUCAUAGGAAUUUAUCUUUGGGGAUAGGGAUGUGCCCUCAGGGUCAGUGGGAGAAAGUUAAGGGUUCCUGGGUUAAGUCCAUGUCACCUUUUGACCAUAAGGUCUUGGAUAUUCGGACAGCUAGUUCAUCCUUGGAAAGAUUUGAGGUGUCCAUUGAAGAAGAAUUUUUUCUAUAUCGUGUAAUAUUUUUUAUAGUGGGCAUAGUCAUGAUGAGCUUGGCUUCCUCUCUAAGCAAGUCAUUGGUAUUUUACUACAGCAGUGCAAUGGCAAUUGGGGUCAUCCUUGUAAUAUUGAUGGUCCUUUUUCAGGGGAUGAAGCUUCUUCCAACUGGUCGAAAGGGCUCACUUGCUAUUUUUAUUUAUUCAUCUAUUGUUGGUCUUGGAUCCUUUCUUCUUCGCUAUAUACCUGGAUUGCUGCGUUCAGUGCUGACGGAGAUUGGAAUUAAUGAAGACAUGUACAAUCCUUUGGCAAUAUUUCUACUGGCUUUUGUUAUUUUGGGUGGAGCAUGGUUGGGCUUCUGGGUGGUUCGCAAACUUGUCCUAACAGAAGAUGGAUCAAUUGAUUUAAGCACAUCUAUGUUUGUUGCAUGGUCCAUCAGAAUCUUGGCAGCUGUUAUGAUCCUUCAGAGUUCUGCUGAUCCCCUACUCGCAAUGGAGGCAUUAGCAUUUGGAAUCAUGGUUUCUUCCAUUUUGAGAAGAGUCUUAAAAUUGAGAGUCCUUCGCCACAUGUACAAAGCUUUAAUGAAAUCGCCUAAAAAGAAUCGCAGAAGGUCAUAUAUUCCCAAUUCUUCACCUUUUGAAGAUUCUCUCGAGGAAUAUAUGUACAAGAUUAAAGGCAAUGAAGACUACAAGUUUGUGAGGCCUCGAUCCAAAGCUUUUAACCUGUCUCCAUGCAGUUCUUCUGACAAAGAUCUUAGCCAGAGACUGCGUAGGGAGCAGUUAGGUAAAGAGUUGUACCUUUCGAGUUUCCACAGCACACCUGAAAGGAGAAGAUUCACCAAGAACGAGUGGGAAGAGUUCACCAGAGGCUCCACUGAAAAAGCAUUGGAAGAGCUAGUUUCUUCACCCGAUUUCGGCAAAUGGCUUGUCAAAAACAACGAUAGAAUCACCAUAACCCCCAACACCAGUAGAGCUGAACGGCAACGACGCAAGUGGUUCCUUUGGUUUUAAGCAGCUGGUGUGGGAGAAGCAGGAUAGUAUUACACGACAAUGAAUUAAGGCACGUGAACUCGUUAGUGUUCAUUUCAUGUAUGCAAAAUUUCAACAGACAUUCUAACCUGUUAGGCAUGAAUAGUUAGCUAACUGAAUAUUUGUUCUGUUCUAUGUGAGUAGCCGUGUAGUAAUUUUGAUUGUAUGUAAUAUAAAAAAACAAUUUUAUUCUAGCAAAUCCAAAGACUCCAACAGACGUUGUUGCAUGAA